GGCGGGGUUGGCAGCGGGGUCUGCGGGGGCGACAAGAUGGCGGCGGAGGCUGUGGAGCUCCAUAAGCUGAAGCUGGCCGAGCUGAAGCAGGAGUGCCUGGCCCGCGGCCUGGAGGCGAAGGGCAACAAGCAGGAUCUGAUCAACCGGCUCCAGGCGUACCUGGAGGAGCACGCUGAAGAAGAAGCAAACGAAGAAGAUGUGCUGGGAGAAGAAAUAGAGGAAGAAGAGCAGAAGCCGGUGGAGCCGCCCGUCAAAGUGGAAGAGCCUCCUGUAAAAUCGCCUGACGUGAUUACGGAAAAGAAGGUAGUGAAAAUAACAUCAGAAAUAUCGCAGAUGGAGCGAAUGCAGAAGAGGGCCGAGCGCUUCAACGUGCCCGUCAGCCUGGAGAGCAAGAAGGCGGCGCGGGCAGCUCGGUUUGGUUUGGCCACGGUUUCGACUAAAGGCCUCUCUGCAGACAGCAAACCCACGGUAAACAUGGAUAAAUUAAAGGAAAGGGCUCAAAGAUUUGGCUUGAAUGUCUCCUCGCUCUCCAAGAAGAGCGAAGAAGACGAGAAACUGAAGAAGAGGAAGGAGCGGUUUGGCAUCGUGACAAGUUCAGCCGGGGCUGGAGCUACAGAGGACACAGAGGCAAAGAAGAGGAAAAGAGCAGAACGCUUCGGGAUCGUCUGAUGCCGGUCCCGUCUCACGCCGGCCCGUUUGCAGUGUGCCUCUGGAGUGCGUGCAUCCUCUCCCCCCCCCCUCUUCCCCCCACCAUUUUUCUCUCACCGCCCCACUGUUUCUCUAGGUUUUAGCGAUGAGUAGACAGGGAACACGUCCCCCGCCCCCCGUAGUUGUACGAUUGUGCUACUUAUGGGUUUGGGUUUGUUCGCUUUGGGGUUUCGUUUGGGGUUUUUUUUUUUGGUUGUUUUUUUUUUUUUUUUCAAGUUUACAAAGUUUAAAAAUGAAGAAGAGUUGAGCAAAAAGAAAGACGCUGUUCUCGCUGCGUCUCCGGCAGCCUUCCCGGCUUUUCCCAGCUCACCGCGGCAGCUCUCCCCAGGGGUACCGUCCGACGGAGAGUCUCCCGGUGCCCUCCCGGUGCGUGGGGGGGAACCAAACUCUGCCCGGUAAAUAGACGGGGGUAAAUAGACGGGGGUAAAUAGACGGGCAGCCAGAGCGAGGGUCGGAGCCCGGUGUCUGCCGUGCCCGGAGGAAGGGGAAGUGCCGAGGAAGGAGCAGGGUUGGCGCCGCCCUCAGCGGUUGCUUUCCUAGUUGAAGGAUUCCCAGGACGCUGCCGAAGCGGGGACCAGUUUGCAGCCUGCUGUUUGCCAUCCAAUGCCGUCCCCAGCGCUCAGACUGCCCUCGUCCCCUCCUCCUCCUCCUCCUCUUCCUCCUCCCCGUGCCAACGGGCCCCAGGUUCGGCCGUGUCCCGGUCUCUUCCCAGCAGCUGGGAGGAGAACGCGAGAUCCGGAGAACGCGCUGCGUUCCGCCGGUCCCGCUCUGCCUCUCCGGCAUCUCACCCCAGCCGGGAUCUGACAGGUUGAACCGUCAGGGAAGGAUUUUUCUCAAUUAUAUCGGCUUGUGUUUUCGAGAAAAAAGAGAAAAAAGAAAAAAAAAAAUGGAAGUGGGGCGUGGGGGAGCCGACGCGCGGGGGCAGUUUCCCCACUGCCCGCCUUCCCCGGCGGAGGCUGAUGGGAAUUGUCAGGGCAGGAAUCGCCGAUUAACCCCGGCUCGAGACCGCUGUCCUAAAAUGAGGAGGAAACCGGAGCAAACGGAGCCGGUUCUCACCGCUCCGUGUAUCCCGCCUUGCUAAGCCCUCUGCGGCUCGCGGCGGCUCGGGCGCCUCGUCCGGGUUCCUCCGAGGUCACUGAUACGUUUCCUUCCCUAAACGCCAAACCGUUGGAACGGUUUUGCCCGGCUCUGGUCUCAGGCUGGGUUUUAUCUCCUCCUCCCUUUGCCUCGCAGUAGCUGCCGGGCUGGUUUAACGCCCGGAUUCGCCGAAGAAGCCUCAGUCUUCCCCGAGCCGCCCGGCGGGGCGGGAGAGCACCAGCGUUUCCCCGCGACCUGUGUUUUGGGCGCGGAAGGUCUUCGGUAGCCGCGCAGGAAACGCUCCGCUGCGUUAUCCAUAGCCCUUUGGGGGAAAUCACGGGACAAAAUUUGGCCGAGUCGGGCUAAAGGCAGCUCUGCCCCGGCCUGCGGAGCGCUCCUUGCCGCUUGAGUGUCUCCGGCGGCGCCUGAGGAGAGCCGCAGGGAGGGAUCCCCCGGGGAAUCGCGAGGGUGGAAGAGGUGGUGGAAGCGGAGAAGCGCAGGACGCCGGAGUUGGCCGGGCAGAGGAGCCGCCUGGUGCCCGUUCCUCCUCUGCCUGCCUGGAGGAUUAAUUCCACCCGAGCGUUGGUCCCGCUCCUCUCCCGCCGCGUGCCGAGCUGUCCCUCCCGCGGGCAGCCCUCGCUCUCUCUGCCCGUCUGUCUGUCCGUCUGCCCGCGCGGGGCGGCGCAGCUGAAAUCCUUCCCUCCCCUGAAGCCUGACGUCCCGGGAUUCGUAUUUCUGACCGUAACCUCGUACCGGAGCGACGUUUUGCCUCCCCUGCGCCCGGUUCCUUAAGACGCUGGCGAGCAGCGGACGCCGUGUACAAACCCCCGAGGCUUACACCAGAUCCGUAAGAAGCAAUAUAAAGAUAUAUAUUUUUUAACGUAGAAGUCUUCGAACCGCUUCUGUCCCGUGAAGGUUUGCAGCCCGACUGCGUCCGCCUGCCCUGGGUGACUCUGAGUGGGUGACUCUGAGCAAUACCUUGGCCGUUGAUUUCCCUUCCCAAAGGGCAGCUAAAAGCCACGGGGGCUGGGUCGCGCUGCGCGUCCCGGCUCGGCGGCGGCUGAGCGAGCCGGAGCUCCCCUCGCUCCUUCCUGAUUUCCUGUAACAGCGUUCUUCUGAUUUUAUUUUUUUUUUUAUUGGAUUUGAUUUUUUUUUUUUUUUUUUUUUUUUUUUGGUACGUCGAAUUUUCUAAGACGCGUAUUUUCUAUUCGGCUCGUGAUCCGGUGGCUGGUUAUUUGCUUUGAAACAGUUUUGUCGCGUGCCGGGAUGGGGGCAAACGUUGCGUUUCGGUCUCGCGUUUCGUAAUAA